CUGCCACCAUUCCCCACUCCUGCACCUCUUCUCACCGGACGACCAGCCACCAGCCCAGCCUCUCACGAUGGCCUAUGUCCCUGCACCCGGCUACCAGCCCACCUACAACCCGACUCUGCCCUACAACAAGCCCAUCCCGGGCGGUCUCUGUGUCGGAAUGUCUGUUUACAUCCAAGGAGUGGCCAGCGAGCACAUGAAGAGGUUCUCCGUGAACUUCGUGGCGGGAGAGCACGCGGGGGCGGACAUCGCCUUCCACUUCAAUCCCCGCUUUGAUGGCUGGGACAAGGUGGUCUUCAACUCGAUGCAAGGCGGCAAGUGGGGCAAGGAGGAGAAGAAAAGGAGCAUGCCCUUCUGCAAGGGCACACCCUUCGAGCUGGUGAUCAUGGUCCUGAUGGAGCACUACAAGGUGAUGGUAAAUGGAAAUCCCUUCUAUGAGUUCGGGCACCGGCUGCCCCUACAGAUGGUCACCCACCUGCAAGUGGACGGGGACCUGGAGCUGCAAUCCAUCAACUUCAUCGGCGGCAACCCCCCGCCGAGCCAGGGUCCUGGACACACCCACCAAGAGCCAAGUAACCUGCCGACCAUGGAGGGACCCCCGAUCUUCAACCCGCCUGUGCCAUUUAGGAAGAUCUUGCAAGGAGGGCUGAGAGCCCGAAGAACCAUCAUCGUCAAGGGCUUCAUACCCCACACAGGCAAGAGCAUUACAAUCAACUUUGUCGUGGGAUCCACGGGGGACCUGGCUCUGCACAUUAACCCCCGCCUGGCCGAGGAGGCCGUGGUCCGGAACAGCUGCCUGAGUGGUUCGUGGGGAUCCGAGGAGAGGCAGAUCUCCUACAACCCCUUUGGUCCUGGAAAGUUCUUUGAUCUGUCCAUCCGCUGUGGCAUAGAUCGCUUCAAGGUUUACGCCAACAACCAGCACCUCUUCGACUAUUCCCAUCGCGUCCCGGCUUUCCAGAACAUCGACGUGCUGGAGAUCCACGGUGAUGUCAGCUUGUCUUAUGUCCAAGUCUGAUCUAUUCCCAGGGCCCUGACUCUUGGGAACACAGAGAGAUCCCACAGGACUCUCCUUGAAGCCCUUAAUAAAAUGUCUGAGAGUGUCUUGUGACCGCAACACCA